UUUACUCAUUUGUAAGUUUAAUAUAGCACACUAUGUUACAUUUGCUGUUACUUUUAAAUGUUUUUAGUUUGUCAUGUUCAAAUGAAUUAAUACAGAAUGCUUCCGUGUUUAAGGAAAAUCAAAACAAUGGAGUGGCUCCUUUCGUCUCUUUGAGGAAUAGCAUGGUUGUACCAAACAAAACAUUCAUCGACAAAUCAGAUAAUAUCUUACGGAUACCGAAACCACUUUACCAGGAAAAUAAGAGAAAGAAGAUAAAGAAGUCACCAAAACGGACAGUGCAAAAGAUAAUAAAGAAGAAUAGAAUGAAACAUAGGCAAAUAUACGUACAGCCAGCCACAAGAUCACCAACAAUAUCAACCGUAUACGAAAAUAACGAAAAGAAUUUCCAAUCAGGACAAAGUGAAGAUAAAUACACAACGGAAGCAAAUCAAAGAAGAAGACCUAAAAAGAAUUCCAAGGUACUGAGAAAUUAUAUGCCGUUUCAAAAGUUGCAGACGAGAAAUAUGAGAAGAAAUAAAAGAGAUACAGAAAGAAGUGACGUAUAUAUCCUUAAAGAUUUAGAUGAAAUAGAAUUCCUUGGUAGUGAUAAGGAUUAUGAUGUUGUUAAUGCACAUGUCAAAAACUAUUGGUAACAUAAUAAUUGGAUAGAUCAUUUAGGACUUAGGUAAUAAGGAUAAAAUAAAACGAAGUAUUGUAAUGUGAAGUUUUUAUUUCUAUUUAUAAAACAAAUAAUGUUAAAAUAAAAUAUAACAUCUUAUAAAUUAAAAGAAUAGAUUCUAUUUACAAAAACUUAUAAAGUUUACACUUAUUCGUACCUUUUGGUACUCGAGUAUAGUAACAACAAAAAUUAUUUAUAAGGCAUCUUAUUGUACAUAUUGAAAUAUAUUCUGUACAAAACGUUUCUAAGCAUAUUAUAUUUGAAAGAAAAAACCGAUUCCAGUGAAUUCGUUACCGAUAAAUAGCAUUGUCAGAAUUCGCAAUAUUUUCAAUUACAAUGGAAAAUAUAACGUAUAAUUAUAACAAUAUACGGGGAGAUACAAUAGCAAUAUAAAAUUGGCACUUUUAUUAUGCGAAACAACCCUUACAAAAUAGUCUAGAAUGUUGCUUAAUUUUGGCACCUUUAAGACUUCUACGAGUAUAUUUAAUAUGAUUUAAAUUUGCAAUAUAUGAUUACUGGUAACCUGAGCAUUAAUUUACUUCUAUAAAUAAACUUUAAGCUUCUUCAGCUUUAAUGUCA